CUACAAUCAUCAUUUGCAAAACAUAUGAUUCAUUUGGAAGAGCAUCGAGAAGUGGGUGAUUGCCCGAAGAAAGCUGAACAGUUAAGUCAUGCACAUGCCGAAUACUGUCAACAGGCUAUGGUAUAUAUUUUUUGA